ACGAGGGAGGCAGCAACUUCUUGCGUUGAUCUGGUAGAAGCUUAGGUGGGAGCGACCAGUGACCAGUGCCAUUAAUUGAACUCUGUAUCUUCCUCCUUUGACUUUGGUUCUCGCUUCUCUACAGACCGUCUGGUAGAGCGAGCAAAACUCUUCUUUCUCUCUCUCUCUCUUAUCUCCCUCUCUGUCUUUUUAAUUUUUCUUUUCCCUGUUGCGUUAUCGGUUUUGGCAAAACUGUCUCGUUUCUCUCUCGGCUUCUCUCGGGACAGGAGAGAGUUCUUUUGACUUUACCGGAUUUUCUCGGAGGAAGAAACAGGGAAAAUCUGCAGGAUGAGGACUACGCCGGUGAGCUUAACGCCUAUGGAGGCGGGAGCGCUGGUUUCGAAUUGGUGGGAUGAGAUCAACGAGUCGCCUCGAUGGCAGGACGGGAUCUUCUACGCUUUAUGCGCUGCUUAUGCUCUAGUUUCUUCAGUUGCUCUGAUUCAAUUAAUAAGAAUUGAACUCAGAGUUCCUGAAUAUGGUUGGACAACACAGAAGGUGUUCCAUCUUAUGAAUUUCAUUGUCAAUGGAGUCCGUGCAAUUGUGUUUGGAUUUCACAUGGACGUAUUCUUUUUACAUCCAAAGGUACUAACUUUGGUACUGCUGGAUCUACCGGGACUAUUAUUUUUCUCUACAUACACAUUGCUUGUCUUGUUCUGGGCAGAGAUAUAUCACCAGGCAAGAAGCUUGCCAACAGAUAAGCUCCGGAUCGUUUACAUUUCAAUAAAUGCAUUGAUAUACUUUAUACAGGUUUGCAUCUGGGUCUACCUCUGGAUAGAUGACAAUAACAUUCUGGAAUUUGUUGGAAAGAUAUUUAUUGCAGUGGUGUCAUUUCUCGCUGCAUUAGGUUUCUUGCUCUAUGGUGGAAGAUUAUUUUUCAUGUUGAGACGCUUCCCUAUUGAAUCCAAAGGGAGAAGGAAGAAGCUCCAUGAGGUCGGAUCUGUCACAGCCAUUUGUUUCACCUGCUUCCUUAUAAGAUGCUUUGUGGUGGUUUUAUCAGCUUUUGGCUCAGGUGCAUUGUAUGUUGUGGAUCAUCCCGUCUUGAACUUGGUGUACUACAUGGUAGUUGAGAUACUACCUUCAGCACUAGUCCUAUUCAUUCUACGCAAGUUACCACCUAAGAGAGUAUCUGCACAGUAUCAUCCAAUUCGAUAACAAAAAGCUUCCUCAUAUUUUUUUUGUUGCCCAAUUGAAAUGAUUGUGGAUGUGAGGGAUAAUAGAUGGUGUUGGAGUUGAGCAAGCGGAUCGAAUCCUGGAAAGCAAAAACCCAGACUAUCUCAUUCUAGUUCUGCACUAGUCCUAUUCAUUGCUCUCGCAAAGAUCAUUUUGGUUCUGGCAUGGCUCAUCAUCAUGCAGGCAAUUCUUUACAAUUUAGAUUUUGCAGUUGUU